AAUCUGAAAAUAGGUCAAUCAUGGCAAGCGGCAAUAGCUCGGAUUUAGUUGAGGUUCAUCAUGGUGGGGACUAUAGUUCAGAAUUUGAAUAUGAUAGUGAGGCAGAGAAACAAAGAAAUAAAAGAAAAGACAUGGCUGUUAAGCAUAAAGAAAAAUCUCACAAAGUUGCACCCAGAAGUGAAUGUGAAGCUGAGUAUAGCAAAGAUGAGGGCAGAAGGCAAAGAUUCCAUAUUCUCAGUAUGGAUGCAUAUUCAAGGCACAAGAAAUUCAUCAAUGAUUACAUGAUUUACUAUGGUGGAAAGUGGUCUGAAUUCAAACAGAACAAAUCAGUAGGCAAGACAGAUUUAGAUGUUAUUCAUGAAAAUCACAGAUUUUUAUGGACAGAAGAAGACAACCCUGAUGAUUCAUGGGAAAAGAGGAUGUCCAAAAAAUAUUAUGACAAAUUGUUUAAAGAAUAUUGCAUAUCAGAUCUAAGUCGAUACAAAGAAAAUAAGGUUGCCAUGAGAUGGAGGAUAGAAAAAGAAGUAGUAGAAGGGAAAGGCCAAUUUAUCUGUGGAAACAAAAAGUGCACUGAGAAGGAGGGGUUACGGAGCUGGGAAGUCAAUUUUGCAUAUGUGGAGCAUGGAGAGAGAAAAAAUGCUUUAGUCAAAUUACGUUUAUGUCCAGACUGCUCUUAUAAACUGAACUACCACCACAAGAAGAGAGAGCUUACACAGAGCAAAUCCUUUGAAAGGCCUAGCAAAAUCCAGAGGACAGAAGACCGACCUAAUACAAGUACAAAAGGUUCAGGAGUCCACGAAAAGAAUGCAAACACUUCAGAUAAACCUUCUAGUCUUAAACCUGAAGAAAGUGACAAUUCUUUAUGGACCGGGCCACAGAAAAUUACCGAGGAAAAAUCGAGGGAUGAAGAAUUUGAUGAAUACUUUGAAGACAUGUUCCUCUGAAAGAGAAUUUCAUGACUAAUUAGAUGUCCAGAAGACUUCUAGCAGCGAUUCCCUGUAGGCCAAGGAGCAGCCUAUUCCAUGCUAAAACCUAUUUAGAACUCUUCCCUCCAAUACACAAGCGAAUGUUUUAAUGCAUUAUCAUGGAAGACCAUGCAUUUAGCAGCUUUUAUAUCUUGAUGAUAUUUCAUUGCUUCUCAUAAAUGAUGUACAAGGGACAAGAUUUAAAUAUCUUCAACUAAUGUACAUUUGGCAUGCCUUAGAAAGUAUUCAAAUUGUUUGGGGUAAAAAAUUUCCUUGCAAUAUUGACUAUGUCAGCUAAUUGCUUUUCAUUGGUGAAUUUUUAAUGAUAUUUUUUUAACUUCAAAGGGAUCUCUGGGACUUAAAACUGGGAAUAAAACCACUUUUACAACAUACAAAUGCUAAUUCAUAGAGUAUAUUUUUUAGGUUGCAUGAUAUUUAUGAUGAUGUAACACCAGCCUGUACGGGUUAAAAUGUAAUUUAAGGUAAAAUGAAUGCAAUUUAAAUAGCUACUAUCUAUAGAAAUCUUGCAAAUUUUUUGAAAAAAAAAAUCACUUGUAUUCCUCCAUUUUUUUUUUUUUUUUUUUUGGUAACAAGCCCUCCAGUCUACAGAACAAGUAAAGAGGUUAACAUUUAAAUUUUAUUUCUUAUAGAUGGCAAAAUUCCAUUAAACUAACAAGAGACACUGAAAGCAGUGCUGAACACCAUCUUUGUACAUGUCAACCUUUCUUAUUACUGAAAUUCAGUUUUAUGUAAGUUAUAAUUGUAGAAUAUAUACCUCCCCUUCCCAAAUUUUGAAUAUAUUGUUUUAAUGGAAUACUUAGCUUUAAAAAAUUCACUAUAACGUCAAUAACAAUAAAGGAAAAAUGAAAAAAAGUUCAUGUUGUCCUCCAUCACAAGAAUAAAUUUAGUAAAAGGUGCAUGGAUAUCUUGAGGUGAGUAAUAUUCCAUUUCAGUAUAUGUGAAAAAAUUU